AUGCCGCCCACCCUCAUCUUCCUUACCGGCGCAACAGGCCUAAUCGGCUUCCGCAUACUAGUUCUCUGCCUGCAACAUGGCUACCGAGUCCGCGUCGCCCUGCGCACCCUCAGCGCCAAACACCGCAUCCUCAAUACGCCAUCCAUAAAAUCCCUCUCCACAACCAAUCCCGCCCUCACAACCACCCACCUAACCUUCACCGAAAUCCCCGAUCUAACCAUGCCCUCCGCCUUCUACCCAGGUCGCGCCCUACAAGACGUAACAGACAUCAUCCACGCCGCCGCCCCAAUCGCCUCCGCAGACCCCGCAUCCAUCGGCCAGAACCUAGAAGCGCACUACAUCCACCCCACAAUCAACACCUGUCUGAACCUCCUCUCCUCCGCACGCGCCCAAUGCAGCGUCAAACGCCUCAUCCUGACAUCCUCGCUCGCCGCCCUAAUUGACCACACAGAAGAUACAGAGGACACGGUGCACGCGGCCACCACGCGCGCAGUCAAUGUUCAGGCCCCGCCGUACUCUUCGCCAUCGGAGGCUUAUACCGCUGCCAAGGUUGGCGCGCUGAAGAGGGUCGAGGACUGGGCGAGAUGGGAGAAACCGGCGUUUGAUGUCGUGCAUCUUGCGCCCGGGCAUGUGUUUGGGGUGAAUGAGCUUGUUGAUGACCCGCGGGAGUUGCUGGGUGCUGGGUCGAAUCGGAUUAUACUUAGGGCUGUUGUUGAGUCUGGAUGUAGAUUUGAAUCAUCCCUUCAGAUUCAGACGCAGACAGCGCCAGCGCCAGCGCCAGAACCAGGGGUUACAGUGCACCUAGACGACGUGGCGGAAGCGCACGUGCGCACGCUGAACCCAUCCAUCCCGGGAAACAGACUGUACAUUCUGAGCUCGGGCACGGAAAUGGGGACGCAGUUGGAUGAGUGUUUUGGGGUUGUGGCGCGGUGGUUCCCAGAGGCUGUUGAGAGGCGAGUCUUGCGGGGGAAGGGGAGUCUGCCGUCGUCGGUAUUUAGGGUUGAUGCGCAGGAGUCGGCGAAGAUUCUGGGAAUGGAGUUUAGGGGGUUUGAGGAGCAGGUGAGGGAUGUGGUUGCUUAUUACCUUUUGUGUUUGGAGCGGAGGGGUGGGGAAUGCACUGCGGGGAUAGGUGGGUAG